CCGUUCCAUACGUAAAUUCUCCAUAAAGGAAAGGCUUAAAGCAACUCCACUCCCCUUCUCUCUUCUGCAGAAAGCUUUCUUCUUUUCUUCAAUUCCUCCAUUAAAAUUCUGCAACUUCUUCAACCUUCCAUCACACUUAACAAGCAUGUCUUCAAUCCCUCUACUUCUCCUUCUUCUUCCCAUUCUUUGCCUCACUUUCUCUCUCCUCCCCACUUCAUCUUCCUCCGCGGUCGACACUUUGGUCUUCGGCGGCUGCUCCCAGCUUAAAUAUGCCCAGGGCUCCCCCUACGAGAACAGCGUCAACUCGAUGCUUACCUCCUUAGUCAACUCAGCCACCUUCACAACCUACAACAACUUCACAAUCCCUUCCUCCACCUCACAAGAUGCCCUCUACGGCCUCUUCCAAUGCCGCGGCGACCUCAACAACGCCGACUGCGGCCGCUGUGUCGCCAACGCCGUCAGCCAACUGGGCAACACGUGUGCCAACUCGUGCGGCGGUGCGUUGCAGCUGGAUGGCUGUUUCGUAAAGUACGAUAAUACGACGUUUUUAGGGGUGGAGGACAAGACCGUACUGGUGAACAAAUGUGGGCCGUCGAUUGCGUAUGACUCUGACGCGUUGACUCGGCGUGAUGCGUUGUUGGGUUUUUUGGCGGCGAGUGAUGGGAGUUACAAGCCGUACAGAGUUGCCGGGUCGGGGGAUGUGGCCGGUGUGGCGCAGUGCGUAGGAGAUUUGAGUGCGAGCCAGUGUCAGGAUUGUUUGUCAGACGCAAUCGGACGGCUGAAAACUGACUGUGGGGCCUCCAAAUGGGGUAACAUGUACUUGGCCAAAUGCUACGCGCUAUACUCCAAAGGUGGAGAUCAGUCGAACGGCGGUGACGAUAACGACCACGACAACAACGAUAACGAAAGUGAGAAGACACUCGCAAUAUUAAUUGGAGCCUUUGCUGGGGUUGCCCUUCUCAUUGUCCUUCUUUUUUUCUUGAUAGAAGUAUGCGACGGAGAAAAAGAUUGUGCAGAUGGAAAAUGAUACAAUUUGUAGACACACAAAGGAAAACUCUCACAACUCUCUUGGUAAAUCAAAUUGUUUUUUACUUUCGGUGGUCCAUUUUCCACUUUCUCUUUUGUUUCUUUUCUCUUUCGUAAGUUUUUUUUUUUUAAUGCCUUCCAAGAAAGAAACCUUUGAAACAGUGGAUAGAAUAAAAAGGAGCAAUGUUAUGAAUACUCAAUUUUGAGUAUUCAAUUAAAUACAUAGAUAAUAUGUUAUUAUGUUAUUAGAUAUUAUUUUAUAUGUGAUUUAAAAUUAUACAAUCAUAUGAUAACAUAUCAUCUAAGUACGUAAUUGGAUACUUAAAACAAAAGUUGCAAUAAGGUGAUGAAAAAAGACAAGUAGGCUUCACAUCUCUUAACCCAGGUAAAGUGGGCUUGUCUCUAGUUACUUGUACUAUUACUACUAAUAAUAAGCAGUGAAAUUAAUCACUUUUCUUGGAA